UCGGAUCUCAACCUCUUCCACCUGGCGUGUUGUUGACGUGUUGUUAUUGGACGAGCCGGUCACACAGAAGACUCAGGACGCCAAGAUUGGCGACACUAUAUUACUGGCUGGAGUCUCGCUACAGACCAAAUGAUUAUUAUACAGACCAAAAAAACACAGAUAUUGUCGUUAAAUUGCCCUCAUCGACAAAACAAAAAAACCCCACACUGGACUCUGUGUUGCUCUGUAUAUGAGCUUCGCACUUGGAGCUUUGCCUUUACGCGCAAGUGAGCGCUCACAUGGCUCCUCGACAGAAAACGGUCGUAGUGCGCCAAAGAAGAGCCUUGGUGACUGGAGAGGAUCUUCACCGAGGACAGACACUGGAGCUCCUGGCAUCUUUAGCACAUUUGAAAUGAACUUCUUGUGUUUCCCUGCGUGCAGUCUGUUAACAUUCAGGUUACCAUGUUGUCAGAGUUGGCGUCUUCCUCGCACCACUCCAAAGGCAGAGCGGGGUUGUCUCAAAGUUCACGACUCCCUCCAGUGAAAGCAUUUUGGAUUUUUGGGGAUGUAGAUCUUUUUGUAUCCAGCUGUGUGACACUACAACGGACGAUUCCCACUAUGGCCGCUGCGCCCUGAGGAAAGAUGGAGUUGGAUUUGGAUGUUGGGGAGGCGGUGGGGCUAAACGGGUCGGACUGUUCGUCCCGGAACGAGAGCGACCGCGGGGCGAGCGCCUCCUCCACCGGGCUGUCCACCACGCUGGCCAGCGUGCUGAUCUUCACCAUCGUAGUGGACAUCCUGGGCAAUGUGCUGGUCAUCCUGUCGGUGUACAGGAACAAAAAGCUGAGGAAUGCAGGCAACAUCUUCGUGGUGAGUUUGUCCGUGGCGGACCUGGUGGUGGCCCUGUACCCGUACCCUCUGGUCCUGACAGCCAUCUUCCACGAUGACUGGACCAUGGGCGACCUGCACUGCCAGGCGUGCGGCUUCGUCAUGGGCCUGAGCGUCAUCGGCUCCAUCUUCAACAUCACGGCCAUCGCCAUCAACCGCUACUGCUACAUCUGCCACAGCCUCCACUACGACCGGCUGUACAGUCUGAGGAACACCUGCUGCUACCUGGGCCUCACCUGGCUCCUGACGGCGCUCGCCACGGUGCCAAACUUCUUUGUCGGCUCGCUGCAGUACGACCCGCGCGUCUACUCCUGCACCUUCGCCCAGACGGUCAGCUCGUACUACACCAUCUCGGUGGUGGUCAUUCACUUUCUGAUCCCACUGUCGGUGGUGUCCUACUGCUACAUGAGGAUAUGGGUGCUGGUGAUUCGAGUGAAACGUCGCGUGAAACCGGAGCUGAGGACCAAACUGAAACCCAGCGACAUGAGGAACUUCCUGACGAUGUUUGUGGUGUUUGUCUUGUUCGCGGUGUGCUGGGCUCCGCUUAACCUCAUUGGACUGGCGGUCGCUAUAAACCCAGAAAGAGUUGCGCCCAACAUACCCGAGUGGCUCUUUGUCACAAGCUACUUCAUGGCGUACUUCAACAGUUGCCUCAACGCCGUCAUUUAUGGGCUGCUCAACCAAAACUUCCGCAAAGAAUACAAGACCAUCGUUCUCGGUCUUUGUGUCCCACGUUUGCUCCUCACGGAGACCUCCAAGUGUGGCACAGAGGGACUGAAGAGCAAGCCUAUACCGGCUUUUACGAACAAUAAUGUAGCAGAGAUAAAUGUGUAAUCUGUUUUAGCGGGUCUGUGCCAUAUUUCGUCCAGUGCCUUCCAUGCGAUUUGUGGCAAAGAUGCAAACAUAGUUUCCCUUUCGGACCGUGUCAGACACACCAUUGCCUCGUGUUGAGAUGAAAAACAUCACAGUUUGAUCACUGGUGUGUUGUGCCGUCUUUGUAAUUCUGCACUCUGUUUAAAAAAAAAAAAACAUAUUCAGGUAACAGUAUUUGUCCAAAAACAUUCAGAGAUUCAGUCACUUCACUUUAAACUGGGUACCUUGUGCACCAGAAUAACGCACUGCAUAUUUGCACCGAUUGAUGGUGGAAGGUUAAUAGAAUAAACGUAUUUAUCUCUUUGCUCGUAAAUACAGCAUUAACAAUGGAAGAUUCUAAAGGUUGCUUGUUUUAGUUCAAAGUACCUCUGUAUCUGACAUAUUGCAGCUUUAAUGAAAAUGAAGGACGUUUGCAUUUAUUAUUUUUCACCCUUGGUUCGUAUGAAUAUCUCAAGCUCCUUCUCGCUGGGAAUGUAGCCUGUGUUUAUUCAUCAUGAUGCUGGUUCACCCUCAGGCUUGUCUUCUGAGCCGCGAUGCCCUCAUAAAAACAAGAAGAAAUGUCUGAAACAGACUUUUGUGUGAAUAGAAGAAUAUGUGCCUUCAGAUAGUAAAAUUGUAUUCUCUCACAGUGUCAAUUUUUCAGUAAAACCAAACUUUAAACUGCCUUGACUGCUGGAUCAAUUUCAUAAGACAAAAUGAUGAAGGCCUCAGACAUCCCCCUUUGGACCCUGGAUGAUUUAGACAUUUUGAAAAUGAACAGAUGAGUACAGCUAUCCUCCUUGUUUAUUAAAUUGCUGGGGGGGGCGUGAUACGCAUCAGGAGCCAGAGAUGUAAUUACGUGUUUGUGCAAGUGCGCCUGAGCGCACGUCACCUUCGCUGAGAUGAGCUCUGACAGCCUCCCAGCAAACCGCGAGCAGUUCACCUCACACGGAGGCUCCGAGAUGUCAAUGUGACGCGUUCUUGAUAUGAUGCUCUGUCACUGGAAUAUUAAAGAGGCUACACAUGCACCAUGUCUAAUUCAACGGAUUCUUAUAAAUAUGUUCUGCACAACAUUUACUGUCAUGUCAGUGUUCUGUUUUUGCUGCUCCGCUGUGCUACGCUGCAACUAACCCCGGUCGGGCCGCCUGAUUCCUGACUGAAUGAAACUCUGUAUGCGACGGUUACGGAAUGUUGAUCUUCGAUGAAUCACGGGGGGCUGUCAAGCUGCAGAGCGGCAAUGUAACGCAAAACGGCCCAAAUCCAUCUUGCGAUCUUUGCAAGACAGUGCUCUGAUGUGGAAGAAAGAAGCAGCCCACAUGCCAGUGGCGGGUCAGCUCCAGAUGAGUGGCUAAAGGGCCUUGAGGGAACAUGACGCGUUGACGAGUCACAGACUAAUGGCGGGCGACUCUUCUCUUCUCUUCUCCUCGCCCACCUAUCUUCGUUCUCUCCUCUUAAUGAUGAUUCCGCCCACAUGUAUUUAUCUGCCAAGGAAUUGUUUGACAUUCUGGUAAAUGUGCUCUUUUGUUUUCUAACACAAGAGGAUAAUAAACUGUAUUUGUCCGCUGAGUAUGGAUCUACAGUCAGGACACAGCCAGCUGAGCUUGGCGUAAAGAAUGAAAGUUGAGGGACACAGAUAGCCCAAAGGUUUACAAAGGGUCCACCAAUGGUGGAUAGCUUUUGAUUAUGAUAUACAGUGACUUUGUGAAUAAAUAGUUGGCAGUUAAGCCUGUUAUUUCAAAUGAAUAGAACAUUUAUUUUUGAAUGUUCAAGGACAGAGCUAUCUGCUUUGACUCUAGUCUGCUGCAUUCACACACACUGUGCAUGUGACACUGUCUCCCUGGUUUCUCUGUAGGGUGAGCUCCAGGCACACCAUCGAUCCUUAAUAUCAAUUAUUUGUCGGAAUUACAUAUUAUGAAUUACAUCAAGUUGUCAGAUACAAGGCUUGACUAAUAUUUUUUUUCCCCACCGUGCAGUGCAUUUGCGGUCGUCGAGGCCAGUGAGAACAUAUCGUCCUUCUCGUGGUUGCUGAGAUGAAGAUAAUUUCCACCACACACAAUGCACGAAGAGCGAAGCGCCACGCGGUGCAACGGUAGCAUGCCGCGGCGGUUUACUGCCUCACCAGAGGAACACGAAUGCAGCACUUCUAUGCACAGAGGAAUGUCUACAGCUCUUGCACAUCAGUGCAUUUUACAGCAGUGGGGUCUCACGGUGAGCCUGCUGCCCCGAUAGCAAGUUUCCAAAUGGAUGUGUUCGUCGGGUUUAGCGCUGCCUGUGUUCUCAUG